AUGUCGCAAAAAAGAAGCUUUGAUGUAACGUGUGGUUAUUGUGGAGUGCGAAAAAUUCGUGAUAGAAUGACACUGGUUCCACAUAAUUCUCGAACUCGACACAAUUGGAGCUUGAUUCUUGGACCGAAAUUUAUGGAAUUUUGUGAAAAAUAUGCUUCUCCUCAUGUUUGUCGAAUGCAUUUUGAUCUGGGAGAAGAUGGACAUCGACCAAGACAAGCGUCGCCGAAACUAUUGCCUUUUGAUGGAGAAAAAGAACAUCGAGAAAAGUAUCCUAAUAAAUCAAAUGACGAUAAGAAUGAGAAGAAAUCCAAUUAUAAAAAUGUAACACCUCGUGUAAGUGUUAUGCUUAUCAAAAAAAAGGAAGUUCAUAGAUGCAAAUUAUUUCAGCAAUCGUUUGUUACUUGUUGUUAUUGUGGAGAAAAGAAACAUCAAAAAAAUAUGACGAAAGCACCACGAAAUCCGAAACGACUUCAGGAUUGGACACAUAUUCUUGGACUCCAAUUUCUUCAAAAUGUCAAACAAUUCAAUCAUGGUGAUCUUUGUUUAACACAUUUUGAACUGAACGAAAAUGGAAGAAGGGAUAGAUUUGGAUUGCCGAUUCCUGAUGACAACAUUGUUACUGUUGAAGUGGGUUCAUUUUUCAAUUAGAGAAACGUUUCGAAUUGACGGUUUUUCAGUGUCACUCUUGUAAAAACCCCGAAUUUCCUAGAUUUUGUGCAUAUUGUCUUGAAGAAACACCAACAAAAUUCAUGACUCCUGUGCCAAUUGAGAAUAUGAAAAUAAUCGAAAAAUGGAAAAAAUCAUUGGGAAAUAAAUUUGGUGAAACUAUAUUGGAGUUGAGACAACCGCAUGUUUGUCUCCAGCAUUUCGAAAAUGUGAAAUAUGGAAGAGUUGAAUGGGGGCAGAUUCCUCUUCCGUUGCCUUUUAGAAAUCGAGGAAAUACUGAAAACGAGGAAGAUACAAAUUAUUCUGAAAAUGGAAUGAAAAACACAAAUGAAGAACAAGAACAAGUCGAAGAAAUUAAAGAAGAAGAUUUUGAGGUAGUCAAUUUAUUUUCGAUUUGACUUUUCGUUUGUCUAUAAAUAUUUUCAGAACCUUGAAGAUGAUGAUUUAUUAAUGGACGAUGAUGACUUUGAUUUUGAAGAUGAAGAAGAAUAUGAAAAUGAGGAAGAAGAAGAAGUUGACAGAAAUUCGAAUUUAUUGUUAUCUCAUAAUUUUAAUAAAUAA